AUAUUGAUUCUGAAACAGAUUCUGAUAGUAGUGAUAGUGAUACUAUGAUAUAUUCUGAUCAUAAAGAAUCUGGCGAAUCUAAUGAUGAUGAGGACAUUUCGGACAUCUGUACGUCGAAAGCAAGUACUUCUCCAUGGUCAUCCACAAUAGAAAAUUUAGAAUACAACAAAAAUAUGGGAGGAGUAGAUUUAAGCGAUUCCAUCAUUAUUCACAGUUUACAUCAUGAGGAAUGUGGAAAAGUUCCAACUCUUACAUUGUAUAAAAGUGAUUUAGAUAAAGCUACAAAAGAUAAGACACAUAAACUAUUUAGCCAAGAUUUCAAGGUUAGAUUACAGUUUAGUUAUGUGAAUGAUUCGCCUUCCAACAUCAGCCUUCGUUCUGAAAGUAAAGCUUCUAUGCAUGGUCAGAGUACUAGUGAUAACGCAAGUAGUCACGGUGAGACAAGCAGUGAGAAUGAAAUGCUUGAUAGUGAGACAGACUCUGAUGAUGAUGACUGGGAAGGUUGUGAAGCAACACAUGUUUGAUAUAAAAAGUGUAAAAAAAAAACUAUUAAGAUAUUCUUCAGUUGCCAUGACUUUUGAGGCUGGAUUUAAAGCCCAAGACACAGUAAUGCAUAUCAUGUUUAACCAGUUCCAGUCCAUGAAUGGAAAUUAUUUAUAAUGAAGUACAUUGCAUGUGCUGUGUCCUUGAUAAGGCUUAAUUUUGCAGAAACAUUAAAAGUGGAAGAACAAGUAGACUUUUUAAAAUCCAAAGAUAUUGGUAUCCAUCAUCAUAAAUCAAAUACUUGUAUAUUUUUUGUGUUUAUCUUUAAAAAUAUUCUGUUGUCAUCUGUGAUUUUUGACUUUGUGCUGUAUGAAUUCAUUAUACAUUUAUAAUACAAAUGGAAGAUAAAAACAGAGGAUAAGCAUCCUGUCCUUUUCAACAUAAUGUAAUAAAUUUUUGUCCAAUUCCGUCAUCAGUGCAUGUGUGUACGUUGAUUUUAUUUUUACAGUGUGUGUGUCAGACUUUGCCUUUUAGGCUGUUCAGUGUGCCAAUAUACGUUAAAUUCAAUAAACUGGUAAAAAAAAUCAUGUAAAGCAUGUAUACACAUGUGGUGCUAUCCUGUGGUAGUUCUUCAAAGCAAUAUGACAAUUACAUUAUGUUUGAAAAUGCUUAUUUGAUAAUAAUAUUUUUUCUUUGAACAAAAAUAUUGUGAUAAUUUCAAGGUAUAAUUCAGUUACUAUACAAAUGUCUUCAGGAAAAUCUUUGUAUAUUUAGUUUACUGUGCAGUAUAUACUUUUGAUCUGAUUUAAUAUGAGUAUGAUAUGCUCCACAAGUUUUUUUAUUAUUAUUAUUAUUACUUAAUUUUUUUAUUAGAUAAUGCUAAAUCAUCUAAGGUUCCGUUAGCAUA